AUGUCUGAGCUUGAAAAUCAAGAAGAGGAUCAAUCAGUAGCGGAGAAUGAGUAUGAGGAGCAAAGAAAUGAGGAAUCGGAUCAGGUAAUGCAACAAGAGAAUGAUCAAAUGGAGGAACCUGAGCAUGAGGAAACAUCUCACAAUUCAAGUUUCGAGUCAACUGACAAGAAACAGAUUGAAGAAUAUGACACUCCGAACGUUGAUGAUGAAAACACUUACACCAAUGAACGACAUAAUGGUAGAUCAUUUGACUACAAAGAGGCAAACUUUAACAACAAUUUGGAAGAGGAAUCUAAUUUUGAUGGGCUAAAAGUAGUUGAGGAAGAAUAUUCAGAGUUGAACGAAUCUAAAAAUGUGAACGAAUCCACCAAUAGGACUUCUUUGGAUGAAACAACCAUUCGUUCGCCAUCAGCAGAAACCAAAGAUGAAGACAGUGCACUGGAUCUUCAUUGGGUUUUUGGUAUGAACAAGGAUACUCUUGGUGGAAUGCAUAAUUUAUGUGAUGAAACGAGAAAAGAAGUAUUCUACAUUGCCGGAAAUGUUGGAAUAAUUUAUAAAUAUGAAACAAAGGAACAAAUUCUGCUGCAGGGUCAUACCAAUAUGAUUACAUGCUCGUCAGUUAGUACUGAUAAAAAGUGGAUUGUUACCGCCGACAGUGGAAAAGAAAACAUGAUAGUUGUGUGGGAUAGUAUAAAAGGAAUCCCAGUGAAGACAAUAUUUGACCCACAUCCAAUCGGAAUUCAAUCUCUUGACAUUUCUUCUGACUCGCUUUACAUUUAUUCGCUAAGCAAGCCAAACUCAGAAGGGGAGCAGCAUAUUUCAUUAUGGGAAUGGACAGAGGCAAACGAAGGAGCAUUAGUAACUGUCACAGUUCCGAGUGGUGAUCCUCAAACCUUGCUCAGAUGUCACAAUUCCAAUCCCAAAGUGUUUUUAACAAAUGGCCCAAAAAGCAUUCUCUUUUGGGAAUAUGAAGAUGGCGCUCUUGAAUUUUUCAGUCCUACUGUCACAAAGAGCGAUUUUGGAUCAGCUUCAAGUGAAUUUGUACAAACUACUUUUGUUGCUGGAACCACAAUGGCUGCUUCCGGUACCACAGAUGGAGAAAUUGUUUUGUGGGAACGAAAGAUUUAUCCUGACAGAGAGUCAAAGGAAAUCGAGAAAGAGGCCAUGAAAUUUGUUAAAAUACAUCCUGGAUUUAGCGUAAACUUUAUUACAUGCAUUGGAUCUUAUAUUGUAACAGGAGGAAGUGAUGGUUUUGUGAAAUUUUUGGAUCACAAAUUAAGGUUGGAGGCUUGGUUUGAAGAGUUUGAUUUAGGCCCAAUUACUUCAAUUUCUUUUGACAAGAAUCGAGGAAAGCAGAGACCAGAUAUGGCAAUGACUGAAGAAGACCUCGAGAACAUGGUCAGGAAAAAUGAUGAGUUUUACUGUCCUGAUUUCAUAAUUCAAACACGAUCUGGAUUUUUAGCAAAAGCCUCCUCCUCUUCAUUCAGUGAUUAUGAUGUUGAGGGAAUGAAAGGAAGAAUUUUAGUGAUCAGUCAAAAUGAGUCAAUUCAAACUCUUGCUGUACACCCAUCAAAGCCAUAUUUAGCUAUUUCAGGAAUGUCAGGAAAUGUUCACAUUUGGGAUUAUCAACUCAAGGACGUUCUAAAAGUAAUGGUAAUGAAGGGAUUGUGUGUUUCAUCUCUUGCUUUUGACAAUAAGGGAGAGUAUUUAGCUGUUGGAUGUAUGAAUGGGCAUGUGAAAUUCUUUGAUGCUGUUCUAUUUACAGAGAUACCCAGCUUGGCUUACAGACCAUCGAAGGCAUGCAUACAGUCUUUGAAGUUUUCUCACGACUCAUUGUUUUUAGCUUUUUCAGAUUCGGACAAUUGUGUGGGAGUCUUUAAAUUUAUGCCAAAUCCUCAAAAGAAAGGAGCUGGAAAAGAUGAAUGGAUUUAUAUUGGAAGAUUUAAAUCUCAUAAGAAAGCAAUUACUGGACUCGAAUUUGGAGUAGAACCUUAUGGAGAUAUACCAAGGCUAAUGUCUGUUUCUGAAGAUAGAAGAUUGAUUGAAUAUGAUUUAGAAAAUAGCUCAAUACAAGGAGGUUUGAAAGUUAAGACCAUUCACAGAGUGAGUCAAGAUGCCAUUCCGACUGCUUUCCUAUGGACAAAGGAUGAAAAUGUCAUUGAAACGUAUCCAAAUGAAAAGAAAUAUUUUGAUGGUCUGCUCUUUGCGAAUGACCAAUACAAAAUAAUGUCCUUCAUUACACCAUUUGGAAACAGAGACACAAGGUGCAACCGAACAAUUUUGAGUCCAACAUAUGGAGGCCCACUAAAUCGAUUACUUCUUGUCCCAAAUAUUCACUACAAGGAUGGCUCUUUACCAGAGUAUCAAGCACCAAGAUUACUUGCUUAUUCCACUUUUGAAAAAGUUAUUGGACUUAUUGCUCUUCCACUUGAUGGUAAUCCAAAACAUCACAUGGGCUUGAUUGCUCAUUCUGGAGAGAUCACUUCUUGCGUGGUUUCACCAGAUGGAAAAUAUUUAUUUACUGCUGGAGGAAGUGACUGUAUUGUCAAUCAAUGGGAGAUCAAUGGAACUCCACUCUUCAAAAACAAAGAAAUUGACGAAGGUAUUGAACCCUAUGUGAGUUUGAUUGAGGGUGGAGCGCAGGGAGAGUUUUUCCAAGAAGUUCAACAAUACUUUUACUAUGCACAGAUUAGAAGCCAGGGUGAAAUCACAACAAGUGAACGAAAAAUUACAGGAAGCGUUCCUAUCAAUCAAGUACCUGAUUUGGUUCGAUCGCUAGGAUUUUAUGCUACUCAAUGGGAAAUUCAGAACAUGAUUAAUGAACUGAGAGUGAUUAAGGGAGUGGCAGAUCCUUCAGAAACGAAUUCCUCUGUUGAUAAGAAGAGAUCUUCUCUGCCAUCUAAGAAAGAGCCUGAAAUUUUCAUUGAUUUUAAUACGUUUGUGAAGAUUUAUGUGAAUCACCGACCAGUCUUUGGCAUUCAACGAAAAGACAUUGAAGAGGCUUUCCAGAAAUUGGGAAGCGAGCCAAUCACUGGUUUUAUCAACAAAUCAGACCUUUUCCAAAAAUUGAAAACGAUGGGUGAAAUUAUGACAGAAAAUGAGCUAAAUGAUUGUUUGAGCAAAUUGUUGAAAGAGGUUGUCACGAUAUCAGCGUUAGAAGAACGAUUUACAUCGGUCGAAUUUGCAGAGAAGCUUCUUGGUUUUACGGACGGAAAUGUUUAG